AUGGGUAAAGGAAAGCCUCGUGGUCUCAACGCCGCCCGCAAGCUCCACAACCACCGACGUGAGCAAAAAUGGGCAGAUCUCUCAUACAAGAAGCGUGCUCUCGGAACCGCAUUCAAGUCCUCGCCAUUCGGAGGAUCCUCCCAUGCCAAGGGCAUAGUUCUCGAGAAGGUCGGUGUUGAGGCCAAACAACCUAACUCCGCCAUCCGAAAGUGUGUCAGAGUCCAAUUGAUCAAGAACGGAAAGAAGGUCACUGCAUUCGUCCCCAACGAUGGUUGUCUCAACUUCGUCGAUGAGAACGAUGAAGUUCUCCUCGCUGGUUUCGGUCGUAAGGGAAAGGCGAAGGGAGAUAUUCCUGGUGUUCGAUUCAAGGUCGUGAAGGUCUCCGGUGUUGGUCUGUCUGCGCUGUGGAAGGAGAAGAAGGAGAAGCCCCGUUCGUAG